GUUCAAGCUUGAUGAUAUCUCACUUGCAGAAGACGAAGGCUCUCUCUCUCUCUCUCUCGAGUCGAGUCUGGAUCUGAUGACGAAGCAGCAAGCAAACUGGUCUCCUUACGACAACAAUGGAGGAACCUGCGUGGCGGUAGCCGGCGCGGAUUACUGCGUGAUUGCGGCGGAUACUCGGAUGUCCACUGGCUAUAACAUCCUCACACGGGAUUACUCCAAAAUCAUUAAACUAGCAGAUAAGUGUGUGAUGGCUUCAUCAGGGUUUCAGGCUGAUGUGCGCGCUUUGCAAAAGGUUUUGGCAGCCAGACAUCUGAUUUAUCAACAUCAGCACAACAAGCAGAUGAGCUGCCCCGCAAUGGCUCAGUUACUUUCAAACACAUUAUACUACAAACGGUUUUUCCCUUACUACUCUUUCAAUGUCAUUGGUGGCCUUGAUAGUGAAGGCAAAGGAUGUGUUUUCACAUAUGAUGCUGUUGGAUCAUAUGAGAGGGUUGGGUACAGCUCUCAAGGUUCUGGUUCUAUGUUGAUCACACCUUUCUUGGAUAACCAGCUGAAGUCUCCUAGUCCACUGUUGUUGCCUGCCCAGGAUGCUGUUACUCCUCUUUCUGAGAAUGAAGCAAUUCAUUUAGUGAAGACAUGCUUUGCAUCAGCAACAGAGAGGGAUAUAUACACUGGCGACCGGUUGGAGAUAGUCAUAUUGAACUCCCAAGGGAUACGCCGCGAGGAAAUGGAGCUAAGGAAGGAUUGAGAUUUGAUCUCUGAUCUCAUCUCCUUGCACUCUUUGUCUUCCUAGUUCCUUUUGUGUUGUCUUUCGCUUAAAAACUUCAAAGGACUAUGAAUGUCCUUUGGAUUCAUCAGCCACCAUCUCUUCUAAGUGCCAAUGUUGUAGUACCCUUGUGUGAAUUUAUCCCCGAUGCUUAUUUUACUUUUUAGGUUUAAAUGUGCUUUUUGUUUGUAAAAUAUGCUUUUGGUCAUUGUUCAGUUUCACUUUUUCGAAUUAAAUUGAAAAAAACUUU